UGCCGCAUCUACUGCGAGAAUGAAGACCAUUCUCAGCAAUCAGACUGUCGACAUUCCAGAAAAUGUCGACAUUACUCUGAAGGGACGUACAGUUAUCGUGAAGGGCCCCAGAGGCACCCUGCGGAGGGAUUUCAAUCACAUCAAUGUAGAACUCAGUCUCCUUGGAAAGAAAAAGAAGAGGCUCCGGGUUGACAAAUGGUGGGGGAACAGAAAGGAACUGGCGACUGUUCGCACUAUCUGUAGUCAUGUACAGAACAUGAUCAAGGGUGUUACACUGGGCUUCCGUUACAAGAUGAGGUCUGUGUAUGCUCACUUCCCCAUCAACGUUGUUAUUCAGGAGAAUGGUUCCCUUGUUGAAAUCCGAAAUUUUUUGGGUGAAAAAUACAUCCGCAGGGUUCUGAUGAGGCCAGGCGUUGCCUGUUCAGUUUCUCAAGCCCAGAAAGAUGAGUUGAUUCUUGAAGGAAACGACAUUGAACUUGUGUCAAAUUCAGCUGCUUUAAUUCAGCAAGCCACAACAGUGAAAAACAAGGAUAUCAGAAAAUUUUUGGAUGGUAUCUAUGUUUCUGAAAAAGGAACUGUUCAGCAGGCUGAUGAAUAGGCUAUGAGUGAUCCAGCUACAGAAACCGCAAGAGGCCAGACUCAGUGAGGAUAUUUUAAAAAUGAAUAAACGCCCCUUUGACUUGGAAAAAAAAAAAAAAAAA